ACGGCGGCCGCCAAGAUGGCGAAGGUGUCGGAGAUGUACGACGUGACUUGGGAAGAUAUGCGUGAUAAAAUGAGGAAAUGGAGGGAAGAAAACUACCGAAACAGUGAACAGAUAGUGGAUGUUGGAGAAGAGUUAAUAAAUGAAUAUGCAUCUAAACUUGGAGAUGACAUUUGGAUAAUUUAUGAACAGGUGAUGAUUGCUGCCCUGGACUGCAGUCGAGAUGACUUGGCACUGUUUUGUCUUCAGGAACUGAGGCGGCAGUUUCCUGGGAGCCACAGAGUUAAGCGAUUAACUGGAAUGAGAUUUGAAGCUAUGGAAAGGUAUGAUGAUGCUAUCCAGUUAUAUGACAGAAUUUUACAAGAAGAUUCAACUAAUACAGCAGCAAGAAAGCGUAAGAUUGCCAUUCGAAAAGCCCAGGGGAAAAAUCUCGAGGCCAUCCGAGAGCUGAAUGAGUAUCUGGAACAAUUUGUUGGUGACCAAGAAGCUUGGCAUGAACUUGCAGAACUUUACAUCAAUGAACAUGACUAUGCAAAGGCAGCCUUCUGCUUAGAGGAGCUUAUGAUGACUAAUCCUCACAACCACUUAUAUUGUCAACAAUAUGCUGAAGUUAAAUACACUCAGGGGGGGCUUGAAAACCUUGAGCUGUCAAGAAAGUAUUUUGCACAAGCACUGAAGCUUAACAACAGAAAUAUGAGAGCUCUGUUUGGACUUUACAUGUCUGCCAGUCAUAUUGCUUCCAAUCCAAAAGCAAGUGCAAAAAUGAAAAAAGAUAAUAUGAAAUAUGCCAGCUGGGCAGCAAACCAAAUAAACAGAGCAUACCAGUUUGCAGGUCGCAGUAAGAAAGAAACUAAAUACUCCUUGAAGGCAGUGGAAGACAUGUUGGAGACCCUGCAAAUCACUCAAUCUUAGCUUGGCACAGAGAUCUAAUAUGAAAUUUUCCAAUACCACACUCAACCUGUAAUGACCUGUGGGUUAUGUUACUCUAGUGCUGUUAAAAGUUAAUUUUGUAUUGAUUACAUGCUAUAUAAAAUAACAUUUUAUGAAAAGUAAAAUGCCUAUUUAUUGCUGCUAUAAGAAAUGUGAUGAAUACCCACUGAAAUUAAUAACUUAUCUACAUAAACAACACGAAGAAAUUACGUGCUGCACAUCAGUAUCCUCAGAUUUUUGUAUGUACAGUACUUGCUUCUAAGCCAUAAUUUGUAGAAAUAAACCUGUUAAAUGAUUAAAAAAA